AUGUCGUCGCCAUCUCAUCGCAGGCAACGGAGCUCGCAGUCCGCGACUCCUCGUCGCUCUGCACGCCAGUCCUCUGCCAACGUGCCCAGUGAUCCCCCCUCUCAGCGGGCUUCCAGCCCCAUCUUCUUCCAGUCCUCGUCGCCCGGUCGUGAUGAUGAUGCCCAGCGCGGCGCCACAGGCGAUGUGUCGUCGCCUCUGCGCCAGAUGACGGAUAGCCAGAGCACGCAUGCUGGCAAUGGUGCUCCCCCGAGCUCACCGCUCCGCCAAAUGAGCGACACACAGUCCGUCGUAGACGACCAGGCUACCCCACGGGCCAGACACACCCUUGCUGGAGAAUCAUCUCCCAUCAGAUACGAGCCGAGCUCCAGCCCUGGACGCUCCUUACGACACCAUUCCGAGCUACGCAGUGAGAGCAGUGGCUUGUUCCUCGGGUCUGACGCAGGCAGCACUGCCUCGCGCAGACGUGGUGACAUCAACUCUGAUGCUCACCGCACCCCUCGUGCGCCACGCCGUGUCAUUCUCGACGAGACUGGCCGGGUUGUCCGCGAGGGGCCAGUUGACGGUUCCGACGCCCCUUCAUACACUAAUCGCGACACCAAUACUUCCGAAGCCGAUGUCCUUGGCGGGCAGGGCCAGAGUCUCAUUUGGGGCACCACGGUGUCUAUUGAUGACACUUUCGCUGCCUUCAAGGACUUUCUCCGCAACUUUACCCAGAAGUAUCGCAUGUACCGUGACGGUCUCUUAGAGGCAGAGGUGCGCGCUGACCCGGACGCCGAGUCCAAGCCUUAUCAGGAAGCCCUUGAAAACAUGCUCCUCCUUGGUGCCACACGACUCUAUCUGGAUAUUUCCGACCUGAACCUUUAUCCUCCGACGAGAAAGCUCUGGCACCAGAUACAGGCAUAUCCCCAGGAAAUUGUUCCUGUUAUGGAUCAGUCCGUGCACGAUCUCAUGGUCGAGAUUGCCCGCGCUGAGGGUCUACGAAACAGACCAACGCAAAGCAGCAACGGCCAGGGCGAGUCUCAGCGGACCAGACAGAGCUCGGAGCCUGUAUUUCCAAGCUCUGACAGACCGGAUGAGCCUGCUACUCCCCGUCCUACACAAGACCCUCAGCCUUCUCUUGAAGACCAGGUUGCCUCUUCCAUCUACGUCGUUCGUCCAUUCGGCUUGGACAAGACAACCAAUUUGAGAGAUCUCAACCCGUCUGACAUGGACCGCCUCAUUUGCAUCAAGGGCCUAGUCAUCCGUACGACCCCAGUCAUCCCCGAUAUGAAGGACGCUUUUUUCCGAUGCAACGUUUGCAACCACUCUGUAAACGUUGGCCUUGACCGUGGCAAGAUCCGCGAGCCCACCGAAUGUCCUCGCCCUAUCUGCGAGUCCAAGAACUCUAUGCAAAUCGUUCACAACCGCUGCUCUUUCGAAGACAAGCAGGUCAUUAAGCUGCAAGAGACUCCGGACGCUGUGCCUGCCGGUCAGACACCCCACUCCGUCUCCGUCUGCGUCUACAACGAACUGGUCGACUUUUGCAAGGCUGGUGACCGUGUUGAGCUUACUGGCAUUUUCCGUGUUAGCGCCGUUCGCGUGAACCCGCGUCAGCGCGCUGUCAAGAGCGUCUACAAGACCUACGUCGAUGUUCUCCACGUGCAAAAGGUAGACAAGAAGCGAAUGGGUGUUGAUGCAUCCACCCUCGGGGUUGAGGGUGAUGAAGACGCCGACAGAGGCGCGAAUGACAUUCAGGAGACUCGCACCUUUUCCCCGGAGAACGAGCAAAAGAUUCGUGAGACUGCUGCGCGUGAAGAUAUCUAUGACCUCCUCUCUAGGUCUCUCGCUCCAUCUGUCUAUGAGUUGGACGAUGUGAAGAAGGGCAUUCUUCUCCAGCUCUUUGGUGGCACAAACAAGACCUUUCAGAAAGGUGGUAGCCCCAAAUACAGAGGUGACAUCAACGUUCUCCUCUGUGGUGAUCCUUCGACAUCCAAAUCUCAGAUUCUUGCAUACGUCCACAGAAUUGCGCCACGUGGUGUCUAUACCAGUGGCAAAGGUUCUUCGGCUGUCGGUUUGACCGCAUAUGUCACUCGUGAUCCGGAAACCAAACAGCUCGUCCUCGAAUCUGGCGCUCUGGUUUUGUCUGAUGGUGGUGUCUGCUGCAUCGACGAGUUCGACAAGAUGUCUGACGCUACACGGUCCGUCCUCCACGAAGUGAUGGAACAGCAGACUGUCUCCGUCGCCAAGGCUGGCAUCAUUACCACUCUUAAUGCUAGAACCAGCAUUCUCGCCUCUGCCAAUCCCAUCGGCAGUCGAUACAACCCUGACAUGUCGGUACCUCAAAACAUCGACCUGCCGCCUACACUUCUUUCUCGUUUCGAUCUCGUCUACCUGAUGCUAGACCGUGUCGACGAAAAGAUGGACAGGCGUCUGGCCAAGCACUUGCUGUCCCUCUACAUUGAGGACAAGCCCCAGUCUGCCCCGUCUGCCAUGGACAUUCUCCCCGUUGAGUUUCUCACCAUGUACAUUUCAUAUGCGCGCUCCCAAAUCCAGCCUACCAUCUCUGAAGAGGCUGGCAGGGAGCUUGUUGAGUGCUAUAUUGCUAUGCGCGCCCUCGGUCAGGACGUCCGCGCCGCCGAGAAGCGCAUUACCGCUACUACCAGACAGCUUGAAUCAAUGAUUCGUCUCGCCGAAGCCCACGCCAAGAUGCGUCUGUCCGAGGUCGUCACCCGCGAGGAUGUGCAGGAAGCCAACCGUCUCAUCCAAAGCGCGCUCAAGACGGCGGCCACGGACGCCCAGGGCCGUAUCGACAUGAGCCUCCUGACCGAGGGUACCAGCGCUGUCGACCGCAAGCGCAAGGCGGAUCUCAAGGACGCCACUCUCCGACUGCUGGACGAGAUGACCUCGGCCGGCAAUGCCGUGCGCUGGAGCGACGUUGCACGUCGCCUGAGCGAGAACUCGAGUGUGCCGGUCGAGCAGGCCGAAUUCACAGAAGUCAUGAGGACACUGGAGGCGGAGAACGCCAUCACCAUCACGGGUGACGGUGCUAGACGAAGCGUCCGACGAGUCACGGCUGUGGUCUGA